GCUCCUGAACGGAAUCUGUUGACCCUCCUGCUCCGACUGUUGGUCCACUAUUGUCUGUUUCUUGACAUUUAACUUUAGAUGUGCGUUUCAGCGCUUGGCUUCUUCCGAUAGAUGGCCGGCUGCUGCAAAGUUUAAGAAAAUAUAUAUUUUCUGCUGGGACUUGUAGUCUCUUUGCACGUUAGCUACCUUGUUGCUAAGCUAGCUGCAGUUUUGUUUCCAGCUCAGCGAGGUUUGGCUGUGAUGGCUGACUUCAGCAGCAGGAUCAUGACGUCUUCUGAACUCCUGGCGGUUGGCGGCGGGCCUGCAGGGAAAGCGACGUCAUCCGCAGUCGUGUCAGGAAACGGAAGCUGGGACGGCGCCGGUGGGCUGGACCAGAUAACAGUGGUGAGAAUAGAUGACACGCACAUUGCUGAGGAGCAGUCUCACGUCGGGGGGAAGUCUAAAGACGGCGCUGCAGAGUACUAUGAGGUGGUGGAGUACUCGAUGCCUGCGGAGGAGGAGGAGGCCGUGGGAGAGGAGGAGGAAGACAGCGUUUAUGUCAUCGAGUAUUCAAAUCCUGAAGAGGAGGGAGAGAGCUACCAGUUCACGAUGUCCGUCGAUCGAUCGCUCCCGGCCAGGAAGCCCGCGGUGAAACAUCCUGUGUUCAGAGAGGACGCCACCGCUCCUUCACCUGUGGCGUCCAAACCGUCCAGGCCACAGAGGCCGAGGCACGAGGUGAGGCAGAAGAGGAAGCUGGUGACUGAGGAGGACGUCCCAAAGGAGGAGGUCAUGAGUAAUAAGUGUGUGUUGGAGCUCGGAGAGAACUACAGCGACGUGAUGGCGAUGAAUUCGGGCUCAGAUAAAAGACUGGUGUGCCUCCUGUGCCCGCCACCAGGAAAGUUCUUCAAGAGAGGCGCCGGGUUGGCCGUCCAUUUAAAACAGAUGCACCAGAUGGUGGGAAAGAAGACGUUCUUCUGCACGUCGUGCCAGAAAUCAGUUCGUACUCAGAUCGAACUGGACGCCCACACAAAACGCCACGCCAACCACAGCGCCGUGUUCACCUGCCUCCUCUGCUCGGUGGAGGUGGAAAACAAAACGGAGGCGGAGAAGACGGGGUUCAAAGGGUCCAAGUGGGGUCUGAAGAAACACCUGGAGAAGGAGCACCCGGGCGUCAUCCCGCGCUGCGACAUCUGUAACAAAGGCUUCAAGUCACUCAUGUCGUACCUGGCCGACCAGUUCAGGCACGUCGGCGUGUCGCCCUACUACUGCGCCAAGUGUCAGAUCUACGAGAUGACCGAGAGGGGUCUGAGCAUCCACGUCAAAAACCAUGACAAGAAGAAGAAGACGCAGGAGUCCGGUGAAAAGCACCUGCAGAUGUUUGGGGUGUCCGCCAUCGUCGAUAACUCCGCCACGGACGACUCCGACUUCUGACACGUUUUGUCCAGCUGAAUUUCUGUCGUCGUUACGAGACUGAAGCGGCGGCAGCUCAGUGACCUCCUCCCCGUCAGACGGACGGCUGACGUUUAUGCAUCUUUGACUGAACUUCUGACACAGCGGUUUGUUUUUGACAGUCAUCAGAUUUAGGAAGCCUUUUCUGUAGACAGCCCUCUUAUUUCAAAGCGUGCCACGUGCUGGAGUCGUCUCCCUGCGGCGGCCGUCAGUGUCACGUACAGUAAGUACACCGAUGUUAAAGCGGCCUCGGCGGGAAUUCAAGGAAAAUUACUGCCCUGAUGUGAGUCAGACAUGUGAUCACUAGCUUCAUUUAAAGGAAUAAAAAUACACUUUUAUUUGCGGGGAGUCAGCUGAGAAGAUCAAUGCCACUGAGGUCUGAAGCUGCUCGACCUCCUACUGCCGCCGUACAGCUCGCUAAUGUGUCGUGUUUGUUUGAUCCGAACUGCAACCAAAGUGUAGAAGCAUCAGGGCCUCGUACGCCAGGCGGUCUGUCAGCCACAGCCAGCGGAGACUCCAAGAAAUAGUCCGACACGAGACCCCCAUAAAACCACAAGAUGAUGAUGAUUUUCCACCCUGCGUCAAGUCUCUAUGCUAUGCUAAGCUAACUGGCUGCUGGCUGUAGCUUUACAAUUAGCAUAGAGACACGAGAGUGGUUAUUUCCCAAAAUGUUAAAACUAUUACUUUAUUACUACUAUUAAACUAUUCCUUUAUGAGAUCUUGGACACGUUGAGCUUUGCAUCAUGACGUCUUCUCAUUUGUAGACGUUCCGCAGAGGAUGCGACGGCCCUGCAGGACUCGCAGGUGUAACUGCUUCUACGAGCAACAUGUAGCAUCUUGAGUAAAAGCGCCACCGCCACCAGAAGUUCUAGCAAUCAGUCCUCGUUAAUCAAGUAGAGUUGAACCAGUUUUAAAGUGAAAUGUGAAGUUAGACUGAGAAACAUGAAGUGACGUCCAGCUUCAGCUGAGGUUCUUCCAAAACGAAGCACAGGUGUGUAAAUGAUCCGAAAUCCCCACAGUGAAGCUGGUCGGUAGACAGAGUGCGUCAGGGCUGCAACUAACACUCACUUUCAUCAUCAGUUAUCCCUUUGAUUCAUCAUUGAGAGGUCAAAAAAUAGUGAAAAUGCACGUUUAAGUUUUCGGAUGUUUUGUUCGAGCAGCCACCAGAACCCAAAGAUACUCACUCGAAAAUGAUUUGGGACGGAAAAGCUGGUUGUUUCAGCUGGAAUGUGAAUAAGACCCAGGAAGCAGAAGAGCUGUGAGUGCCGCCCUCAGCCCUGCGCUGUGUUUGAGGUGUGUGUAAAUACUGUAUAUUCCCUGUUACUCAUGAGUUAUUCCAGUUAGAGUAGAAGAAUCUGCGGCUUCACGGCGCACAGGCCGAGACGAGCGUUUACGGUGAUGAUGUUUACACGGCGGCAGACGGCUGUUCACGUGGUUUAAGUUUGACUUUCAAACACUUCCUGUCCACAGCUUCCUCCCAUCACGGACCGAGCAACCGCAGGGGAAAGAGAGUGAUGGUCCAGCAUGAAUACGCAGUCAGUAACUGCCUCCGUCGUUGUGCACGUGAUGCUCUGCGAGUCUGAAUCUGCAGGGCGUGCCGGUAUUUUUCAUGUGUUACUGCAAAUCAGGUGCUGUCUGCUUCACUGGGGGCAUUUUCCAAAUUUUUGCUGUUCAGCGCAUCAUUCAUGUGGGUGAUCCAUCACAGCGAGCACGCGGCCGCCGCUGCAGCCUCGUCAGCGCAGCGAACAAACGAAAGUCAAUUGAAUUUGUUCACUGUGAUGGAUCUAACCCACAUACCUGCCCAGAAGGCAGGAAGUGGGUUAAAGUCACGUGAUUUGUAGUAAAUGCAUAGAAAGUUGUUUAAAAAGCCUGCAUGCAUGGAAACGCCGUCACUCUAAACGAGAGACGACGAUGACGUGUGAACCUGAUGAAGAAGAUUCACUUAGAAAGGAUUUAGAGAAGUCACACGUUGAUCAAGUGAUCGUUUAGCUCGACAUUCAGAAACUCCAUUAAAAGUAUUUUUAUAAUCGUUGAUGAUCAUUUAAGUCGUUUCUGAAGAUCUAAAAGUGGCAUUGAAAGGCUAAAAAAAUCAAUGACCCUUCGAAGUAAUGAUCAGUAACGGGUCAUGAAAGUGAAAAUAAUUGUCCUAAUUUCCAUCGAACACAUCAAACAGUGUCUCCCAAACGUUUUCUGGCCCCUCAGAUGAAAUCAGUGUCUGCUUGAGACUGAAUUACAAUUUAUUUACAUUAUUCACAAGUUACUACAGUCAUAAUAAUGGCCAUAAGCAGUGAAUGUGUCCAAUAUUUCAAACACACAAACCAGAUAAAAGACAGAUAAACACCAUUUUGUGUAAGUCAAAUAUAUUUUUGCCUUUUUUUAUCCCUUCAGUCAUCUUGUGACCCCUCAGAUUCCCAUUUGGACCCUGUGAGGGGUCUCAGCCCACACGUUGGGAACCACUGAGUAGUGUGUGUGGACCUAAAAUGUGAAAUUAUGAAAAUACCAUAAAUUUAGUGUUUAAAAACAUCAAAUUAACAGUUUUAUUGUUGCAAUCAUGGGAUUAAAGACAUCCCGUCUUUUUUUUCUAAUAGAGGUCAAAAACGUGAAUCAUGAAUAUUCUACAUGUGGAGGCUGAAACAAGUAUUAAAGGUGCUAAAAUAUCAACAGGGUUUGGUGCAUCAACACUGAGAUGAGCUGCAACAAUCUGUUUUAUUAAACAUUUAGAGUUUUUUAAUUUGUGGAGGUGAAAAUGUGUUUGGAAUGAAAUCUUUGUCUUGUAUUUUUGUUUUAUGGUUUUGUGUUUUCUUCGCUGUAACAUUAUCCUUUUUAUUUCCUGACGUCAUUAAAGGGAAACGCCACUGA